CUCGCCGCUGGUGAGUGAGGACGGGACGCGGAGGGGGCUGCGGGAAGUGGGGGCCCGCAUGGCUGCGACUCUUGACAGCGCCGCGGGACAGAGGGAAACUGAGGCCGGAGCCGCAGACUGGACACCCGAGGGGGCGACCCGGGGCAGCACUUGGGGCUCGGCUACCGGAUCAGGGGCGGGGGCGGCGGGCAGCCGAGUCUGGGCCUCCGCGGCCCGGGUUCCUGAGCCGGCCGCCUCCGGCUGGGGGUUCGGGAGGGGAAACUUGGACAACCCUGCCACGCCCAGCCCCAGGCCUCGCGGCUUCUCCUGCAGGAAGCGCGGUCCCAGGAGUGGCCGACGCUCCCUCUCCUGCCCAUUCCGCGGAUGGGCAAUCCCAGGCGGAACUCCCUUGAGGGUCUCAGAAUAUCUGGGAGACCUCGGGCUCCUGAUCCCCGAGACACCCCGUUUCAUAGUGGAGAGCAGCCCAGAUCGGGGAAGUUUAUUUUGCCCAAAGCCGGUUAGAGACCCCCGGCCCUCGAUUCCCAGUGCGGGGCUCAGGUGCGUUGCAGCCUAGACGGGGCUUACUGUGAGCCGAGCAGCCUCUGGGACCUGUCUGCUUCCCCUACCCCUUGCAAAGAAGCCGGAGCCCAGAGCUCCCCUGAGCAGCAGCUGCAGCAGCUAUGGCCCCGCCCUGGGUGCCCGCCUUGGGCUUCACGCUGGCGCCCAGCCUGGGGUGCUUCGUGGGCUCCCGCUUUGUCCACGGCGAGGGUCUCCGCUGGUACGCCGGCCUGCAGAAGCCCUCGUGGCACCCGCCCCACUGGGUGCUGGGCCCUGUCUGGGGCACGCUCUACUCAGCCAUGGGGUACGGCUCCUACCUGGUCUGGAAAGAACUGGGAGGCUUCACAGAGGAGGCUGUGGUUCCUCUGGGCCUCUACACCGGGCAGCUGGCCCUGAACUGGGCAUGGCCCCCCAUCUUCUUUGGUGCCCGACAAAUGGGCUGGGCCUUGGUGGAUCUCCUGCUGGUCAGUGGGGCGGCGGCAGCCACUACCGUGGCCUGGUACCAGGUCAGCCCGCUGGCCGCCCGCCUGCUCUACCCCUACCUGGCCUGGCUGGUCUUCGCGACCACACUCAACUACUGCGUAUGGCGGGACAAUGGUGGCCGGCGGGGGGGACGGCGGCUGCCAGAGUGAGUGCCCGGCCCACCAGGGACUGCAGCUGCACCAGCAGGCGCCAUCAGUGGUGGUGGCCGUCACGCUUUCAGGACCGCUGGGCCUGCUAGUCUGUCAGGGCCUCGGCCCAGGGGCUCAGCAGAGCUUCAGAGGUGGCCCCAGCUGAGCCCCCACCCGGGAGCAGCGUCCUGCGCUUUCUGCAUGCUUAGAGCAUGUUCUCGGAACAUGGAAUUUUAUAAGCUGAAUAAAGUUUUUGACUUUA